AACAGCAAAAUGUUGUUUACAUUUUAUUUUUGAAAUAAUUUCAAAGUUUCAAAUUUGUAGGUAUUUUAUGUUGUGUACCAGUACUUUUACUAUGAAACUUAACCAGCCAAUUUUGUGAGUGAUUUUUUCUACGCAAGUUUUUAGCUUAAGUUAGUCUACUCUACUGUAGGCCAUGUAAACUGCAAGUUUAGUGGAUUCAGGGUGAGACUUUCUUCAAGUUGUCACAAGGACAUAAAAGAAUCUCAGAAGGAUGGAUGAAGAAAAAGGGUCGACUAGUCAAAGUAUGUCGCCUGACUCUGUGGACGAGGAAAGGCCACUCAAAAAAGCUAGAUAUGUUUGGCAGAUUAAAGGACGUUGUCGCUUGGACAGACCAAGAGGAGGGCGCAGUUGCAGCCACCAGUCCCAGGCUCAGCCGCAGCAGGCAGCAGAGUGUCCUAUUGGCCGCUGGCAGACAAGACAGAUGGCACGAGCCGUAGUAGACAACACUAUCAACUCCGUGCUAGAGGACAUGGGCUUCACUCCACCCCCGGACAACGAAGACAUCAUCAGUUUCGACAUCUUCCCCACCAUCCACAAUAGAGAAGGCAUAGAGAACCAAGCGGUUCUCAUGGCCAUACAGAGCCACGGGUUGCAGAAACCCUGUAUAUGCUCUCAUUCCUUGGGAGCAUCUGUCUCAACCCAUCCUGUGCCCUUCCACCAUCGACCGUCGACUCCCCUCCCGUCUACAUCGGAGCCGCAGGAGAAGUACGCAGGUGAAACUGACUUUCUGGCUCAAGCUGUAGCUGUAGCGAUCCAGAAGAAAGGUCUCGGAUCGUAUUCCGAAACCGAUCACGGCUAAUGAUGCGUUCAAUGAGUACUACUGAGUUCCUAUCUGUGUUGACGGACAUAUCGACACUUGUUGGAUUGCAUUGUCUAGUUUAUUGUAAAUUCAGUGUAACUUAGGAGAAAGGUAUAUUAAAAUACAGCAGAACUCUAACUAUCCGUACCAGUUGGGACCGGUUCCCAUCCGAUCAUAAUAAUGAAAAAAUUUAUGGUCAAAUUUUUCAAGAUGUCACUAGAAAGCUCAUUAAUACAACAAUGCAAUAGUGUCACUGCAAGAUGUACGCAAUUUGGCAAUCUGGGUGGUUGGAGUUCUAAUGCAGUUAGUAACGGCCAAUUGACUGUCAGUGUGCUUAAUAAAGAAUGUUGUUUGUUGAGUGUCUGCAUGAAUUGAUAUCAAGUGUAAAUUGUUACUAAAACUUCAGGAUAUUGAAACAUGUUAGUUUAAAAAGUAUCUAACUUUACAUAUUUUGUGGAAACAUCUUUAUUAAUAUUAAUUUCUAUGAAAAUUAAUCAACUUAUUCUUAUAACCCACGUUGAUAAUUUAGUUUAAAGAAGAAUUAAAAGAUUUUUUUAUUAAGGUACUUAGUGUGGGGUUUCUUUUGUGGUAGGGAUUUUGCACAGAAUAAUCCCAUCUGGUAUUUAAUGACUACAGGUUUUGGUUAAGUUUAAAAAUUUAAGUUAAAAAAAGUUAAGUUUUUUUUUUACCAUAGUAAAACUAAGUAGUUUUUUAUUUCUUGUCUCUGUGAGUUUAGUUUACUUUAAUCUCUUAUUCAAACUGAAUGUAUGUUUCACUUAGUUUAAGAUCACUAACAAACGUUCUUAGAAAGUACCUAUAUGUGAAUGUUUAUCCUUCAAUCAUUUUUCAAAUAUGUUUUUCUGUACUAUUAAAUGUCAUUAUCAUCGGUAAGUGUCAGUGUACAUAUCUUAUAAUAUUAAAAAUUACAUAGUAGGCCUAUUGUCGGGACCACGUAAGUUUGCAGUUGGUGGCAGCCAAUCACAAGACAAGGCUAGCGCGACGUUGCCACAUCACCCAUUGACAACACUAAUUAAAAUAUAAAAGCAAUAUUUUCAAAUCAGCUGGUAUUAUUAGAUUUGGCAACACCGCACCGUUCUCAUUGGUUCAUUCGAAACCAUAUGGUAAAUAGGCUCCUCCCUCAACUGCAAACUUAUGUGGUCCCGACAAUAGUUCAUCUAGGGAUCUUUUUAGAGUUGUAUUGAAAUAUCUUAAUUUGUAUUAUCCUUAAGUAAAUAAGGGGUUUUAAUUUUUUGUUAAUUUUUAUCAGGAACUCAAUGUAAAACGCCAGAUUAAUCUAGUCAAAUGUUCUAGGGUUUAAAAAGUCGUUAAUGAUUAUGUUUUUUUUGUAUUACCAACAUAGGCUUACCUAGCGGCGUAAUUUUCUGGCAUUUUACUUUGCCCGAUGAGUCGAUUUUGAAUUUUCUACACAUUCUGAACAAGAUACUCAUUUUUAAACAUAUUUACAUAUUUUACUGCCCAACUUGAACCCCUUUAUUAAUCAAAAGUCAAAACAUGCUAUGUUUAAUUUAUGUCAUCAGAGUAUGAAAAGCAACGUUUUGUUUGAUUUUGUACAUAUCUCUGUUCUGAUGAUUAACAUGGAAAGACUGGGAAUACAGUGAUUUGAAGAGUUAAGUCCACAGCACUUGUUAUGUCCCAUAAGGUUCGUUUCCACUAUAUAUAUUUUGUACAAGAUGUGUUUAAAAAAAAAGUCAAAAAUUUAUUUCUGUGGAAUAUGUGAUGCAAAUUAGUUUACAUUUUACCAUUAUCUUAACCAACGCACAUUCUACAUGAUAUGCUCAAAUAUUUAUGGUGUUAAGAUUCUCUUGGGACAUUGUCACAGACAUCAAAUGGCCUUGGAAAACCUCUUUGGCAGUUUGUGUGUUUACUGUUUAUAUGCAUGGCUUGCAAAGAGAUUGUGCUACUGCUUACAUUUUUUUUUAGAAAUAAUUCUCUCUAAAUAUAACUAUUUCCCUAUUGUUUAUAUUCCUAAAAUUGUUGACCACUGCAUAAAGUUAAGGUUAUACAUCCAAGACUGACGGGACGGACUGGGGAGGGACGGGUUCAAUCCCCGGCACAUCCACUAAACUUUGAUCUCUCGUAACUUCUCGUGUGAAAUGCCACUGGCGUAGAAAAAAAAAAAAAAAAGACUGUACCAUACAUGGGUAUAACUAUUCUGUUUAUGAAAAGUCCAUGACACAAGGGCAUUAAAAGGAUUAUAAAAUAAACACUGUUGAAAGCAGUAAAAAUUAUAGGGUUAGAUAAUAGAAGCAAAAUGUUGUAUAUUCAAUGGUCCCAUGGAUAUUUUGCUCAAUCUCUGUCACACGUUUAUUUGUGGCAGGGGGGAGGGGUUGAUGUAAUUUGUAAAUUAAUGGUCCUUUUCUAUAAUCUUCAUAUAAAAUGUCUUGCGUAGUAUUUUUAGAGGACUUUAGUUUGUUAACUGUUCUCUUCAUCUGAAAUUACCACAACAAUACUCCAGGGUUCUAGAAAUAUAUAGUGUUAUAAUAUGUGCAACUAGAUGAAAAAUAAGGUUUAGUGGAAACGAACCUUUGCAUUAUUUUUACCUUGCAGUGUCAGUUAACAGUGAUUCCAAAGUAAAAAUUUAGAUUCAUGAACACAUGUUCAGAUGUAUCAGAAACAUACAGCUUAACCCCAUGCUAAUUUCAUAAUUUUCACAGUAAUUUUUUUUGUCAAAACAAAAUUUGUAACUUUAUUUAACUGCGGAAAAUGGCUUUGAAAAUUUAAAAACAGUAUUAUUGCACUCAACAAGUGAAUCAGUUAUUUAUGAAAGGGCUGUUGUCAUUGAAACCAAAUUUUUGGGAAAUCAAGAAAAACUGUUUGGUUGCUAAGUUACAAUACUUAGUUUCAGU